CAACAAAUCGCCUGUUCUGUGUUUACUGCUGACCAAAAAAAUAUGGAGAGAAAUUUAUCACUCAGCCAUUGAUUAGAUUUUUACACUCAUCAUGGAUACUGUACACAAUGUGAAAUGUGUGCAGGGGUUGGCUGAGAUAUUAGAAUUGCUGCUUGUCCUACAUCCACAAACGUCAGAACUGUCCAUCAAAGUUCAGAUUGGGUCAUCAACUGAACAUCAUAACGAGAAUCCGAUUUUCCUCAUCAAACUCAUCUGCAGUAGGUACUUCUGCUUGGAAACCCUCAUUUCAAAUUAUGGAAAUUAUCUACAGACAUUUGCAAGCCUUGUUUUCCAAAUGCAGUCCCUUGAAAAUGAGAGCCAUUUAAGUACGAGUUACAGUGAAGAUGGCGCACUUACAAGGAAAAGUUAUAUCUUGACGUCUGAAAAUUAUGGUUAUGGAUUGAAAUGCACCAAAAGCAGGACAAAACCAAAUACAAAAGGAACAUUUGGCACAGUACUACACAUUAGGGUUUUUCAAAAUAAGAGUUCCAUGAUGUUACAAGCGAAAAAACUUUAUAAUUAUAUGAAACAAAUAAGUCUAUGUUCUAAGGUGUCCUUUGGAUUAUCUCUCACAGUUCACGAAAAUGACUGCAUCUUUGACAUAAGGCAAAGUGUGACUGAAGAUUUUUCAGAGAAGGGAUAUUCUUUAUCAACAGAUACAGCAUAUAUUCUAAAAGAUACGCGAUAUGUUCCAUCAUCUUCACCUCCCAGUAUUGUGAAUGGUAACAUUGAGGAUCUUCCUAACAUCCUUGAUGAACCAAAUAUGGAUUUCCAACUUUUCAUCUCUGGAUUUAAAACACAAUGUUACAAUGAAACAAACACACCCUCUCUAGUAAUGCUUUCUUGGUAUGGUCCUGGAAAUAUACCACUGAAUGACACUGGAGAUUCAACUCAUCUUAUGAAAGUUUUGAGCUUUGUAAAUUGGACAAAGUAUGGGAUACAUCCGGUUGCCGAAAACUCAAUGCAGUCUAAAACCAACCUUCAGUGCCAUGAAUUUUUACCAGUGAGGACCAAAAGGGAGCCCUGUUUUGUUUUGUCAAUUUAUGCUUUCAUGGGUGUCAAAAAUCCCUGCAGUUCUAAGAGGAUAAUAGAUGCUCUGCAUUGGCUGAGAAAGAACAGUACAAAGUGGAUAAAACUUUAUGAAGAAAAGAUAAAGGCAUCUUUGGAAUUUGUAAUUGAUAAAAUUGUUACACCGGUCAAAUCGCCAGAAGAUGAAAAGACCACCCUGCUGUACAGCCAAGCUAUUGCAAAUAUCUCAAAGUCCAUAUCUAAUGUUGUGCUGAGAUCGUCCUGUGAACAGUUCCGCAGAAAGUGCUAUCAACUGCUAGAGGUUGAAGAGGAUGGCUCUGUACAAGUGUCCCUGAGUAAAAAGCUUUGGAGCAUCUCAGAGUCAUUUGGAAUUUUUCAACCAAUAGACACAAUGGAAUCAGAGGGAAAUUUUGGUACUGAAAGAAGAACUAUGCUCGAUCCUGAAGAAAACAAACCAAAUGAACCAGUACUUAGAAUCUCAGAAACUGAUCCUGUAGGAGACAGAGACUUUCUAGAAAUUCAUGAGGAGGAUUUAGAGAGAUUAAACUGGUUCCCAGAGCCAGGGGAGAGUACUGAGGCUUCCACAACAGCAGAUUCUUUUGAGAGCAUGCAAAUGUCGAAAUCCAUGAAUGAGAUUUUAUGGGAUGAACCCAGCAUUGCUGGUAGAAAGCCUCAGGUUGUCCUAAAAGACAACACUGAAACCAGCAAUAAUAAUGGUGCAUUUGAAGAGGAUGCUGACAAUCCUACACAUGACUUUGUUAAAAAUGCUGAUUUCUUCAGAGAUCAGAGCUCAGAAGAGAGUCAAUCCCUUCUUCAAGAUGAGAAUUUGAUUUCAUCCAUGUAUGCUCAUCAGUCACUUAGUCAAAAUGAAGAAUUUCUGAGUCAAAAUGAAGAACUGCCAUGUCAAAAUGAAAAAUACUUGAACAGUCCACCAGAAAAUAUGGAAGAUCAUUUCCAUACAGUAAUGGCAGCAGAGGAAGAGUGGAAUAUUGCUGGGAUGGAGGAGGAUUUGAGGGAGUGUACAUACAUUGAAGAUCAGUCUCUGAGUAACACUGCAUCAGGCUCAGAUUGGAGAAGACUGAGCAGCCAGCAGCCACAACAUAGGCUAACAGAAACUGCACCAGACUCCAUUGCAGUUUCAGAAAUUUUAGUAAAGGAAAGAAAAACUGAGAAGUUAGAUGAUUGGCUGGAUGAUGCACUGCUGGAUUUGAAGAACUGGUUUAAUGAUGAAUAGCUGCAUUACAUUGGUUUAAUGAUAAUUAACUGUGCAUUACAUUUACAUGUAAAAGAACCUUCACCAAAUUGUACAAUGAGUGUAUACCCUAAUAAUUAACCCAAUCUCUCAGUGUCUAUGAAAUACAAUUCACUUGUACUAGAUGUGUAUCAAUUAUUCUCUGUGUUUUAAUUUCAGACAACUAAUUACAAAUUGGCAAAAUACUAGUACUUAUUCGAGUUCCUCAUAAAUCACUGGAAAAGCCAUUAUAAUUCAAACUUCUGUGGGCAGAUAAAGUAAAUGACUUUGAAUGUUGAUGAUCCAAAUUUCUCCUGCAGUUACCGUUAAUUGUCAUAUAUUGUUCAAAGUUUGAUGACCUUGGUGUAGUAAUGCAUUAAAUGGCAAUCAUUUCACUGUUCUAC